AUGUUUGAUCUCUAACCACAAUCUUCUUCAUUAUCUCCUAAUUCUAAGACUAGAUUUUAUUAGGAAAAACUUGAUAAGGCUCAUGAAAUUAUUGAUUUUUUGGAAGUUUUACUUUAUGAAAGAAGAAUUCAUUAAACGAGUUACAAAAAUGUUGAAAUUCCAACUCUUUAAUUGAAUAAAAAAUUUAUAGAUAUCAUAGAUAAAAAGUCAUCAAGUUAUGUGACAACUCCCUUAUAAUAUUCUACGCCUAGAGAUAGAAGAACCAUUUUGUCAUUGGGAGACUAAACUUCAGCAAGAUUUGUAGAAGAAAUUAAAAGUAGACAUGUAGAACUUAUUUUAUAAUAAAAGGACGAAGGGAGAACAAAGGAAUAAAGAGUUAAAUGA